GACUGACUGACUUCUAUUUUGAGUCAUACUGAUUUUCAUCUCUUUGACAAAAGAAAACAAGCAUCAGUCAUCAGUGGACAACGAAGAGAAAAAAAGAAGCAUUUUUGGGUUUAUUUCUGAACAGACAGCAGAUCUUUGUGAUUUUUGUGGUUGUUCAUGUUUGAAACCGUUAUUCAGGAAGUGAAAGUAAAGUUUCGAUUGCUGGAGCUCAAACUGUGAAAAUGGCGUCAUCAGCUGAAUAUGACUAUAAUUGUCCCGUGUGCUGUGAAAUCUUCAAGACUCCUGUUCUUUUAUCAUGUAGUCACAGUGUCUGUAAAGAGUGUCUUCAACAGUUCUGGAGAACCAAGAAAACUCAGGAGUGUCCUGUCUGCAGGAGAAGAUCCUCAAACGAUCAUCCUCCAUUAAAUCUGGCGUUACAAAACUUAUGUGAGUCGUUCCUGAAGGAGAGAAAUGAGAGUCGUUCAUCAGGAUCUGAGGAGAUCUGCAGUUUACACUUUGAGAAACUCAAACUCUUCUGUCUAGAGGAUGAACAGCCUGUGUGUUUAGUGUGUAAAGAUGCAACACAACACAACAAUCACAAAUUCAGACCAAUAAGUGAAGUAGUUUCAUCAUAUAAGCAGGGGCUCAAUACAGAACUGAAGUCCUUACAGGAGAAACUUCAACACAAGGAAUAUAUUAAAAAACAGUUUGACAAAACAGAUCAACACAUCAAGUCUCAAGCUGAGCACACAGAGCGUCAGAUUAAACAGCAGUUUGAGAAGCUUCAUCAGUUUCUCAGAGAUGAAGAAGAAGCUACAAUCACUGCACUGAGAAAGGAAGAGGAACAGAAGCAGCAGAUGAUGAAGGAGAAACUGGACGAGAUCAGCAGACACAUCUCAGCUCUUUCACACACAAUCAAAGACACGGAGGAGAUGAUGAAAGCCAAUGACGUCUACUUUAUAAAGGAGUUUCCAGUCACGAUGGAAAGAGUCCAGAUCUCACAGCCGGAUCCACAGACGCCUUCUGGAGCUUUGAUUCAUGUGCCACGUUACUUGGGCAACCUGCCGUUCAGAGUCUGGAAGAAGAUGCAGGACAUUGUCCAAAACACUCCUGUGAUUCUGGAUCCAAACACUGCAUAUCCACAUCUCAUCCUGUCUGAUGAUCUGACCAGUGUGAGAUGGAGCAAGAACAAACAACUGCUUCCUGAUAAUCCAGAGAGAUUUGACAGGUGUCUCUGUGUUCUGGGUUCAGAGGGUUUUAACUCAGGAACACACUGCUGGGAUUUAGAGAUUAAAGAGAGUCCAGUCUGGAGUCUUGGAGUAACUACAGCAUCAAACCAAAGGAAGGGAGAUGUUUUCUUUGACACUGAUGUCUGGAGUGUGCAGUACAGAUGGUCUGAAGAGUUUGGUUUUCCUGUUGAACAGGAUCUUGAGCGUGUGAGAGUUGAUCUGGACUAUGACAGAGGAACGGUGUCAUUCUCUGAUCCUGUAACUAACACACAUCUACACACAUUCACAACCACCUUCACUGACACAGUCUUUCCUUUCUUCAUUAGUGACCGUCUGAGGAUCUUACCGUUAAAUAACCGACACUAUGAACAACACCGUUUAUAUGUUUGCGGAAGUUAGCUUCCAGGGCUACGACUAAGUCCACCAGUGCAGUGCUGGGCACCUUCAGGCCCUUCUCUCCCAAGGCAAGGGACCUUCAGGAUCAGCAAAUUUCCCCACAACCUUGUCAGCGAUGUAUCCAGCGAUGUAAACCAGCACAUUUCCAUCAUGAUCAAACGAAGCUCCUGUGAUUCUGGAUCCAAACACUGCAAAUCCUGAUCUUGUCCUGUC